AUGGCUCCCUCCUCUGUCAUGCCUCUAUCCUUUUCACUGCCGUCUCAUACAAAUCGACCACUGCCACCCACAGAUCAACCACUGCUGGCCACAAAUCAACCACCACCACCACCUUCUAUACCACAGUCCCUACCCAUCACAAAUACCAACAACAGUGUUUUUGAUUGGAGCUGUCCCAUAAAGAAGGAUGGGGCCAUUGCUUGGACCAACUGUGUAAGGCAGUCGAUAACUAAAUUGGAGACUUGUAAAUUCAGCAAUGUUCGUAUGACUAUAGGAAGCCAGAAAUAUUCUGACAAAGGCAGUGAUGAUGAACAAAGCAACCUGUCAGCAUUUCUGGGGCCAAAUUUAUGGGAGAAAUCAUGUGGCACAGAUUUCAAGCUGGAGUACAUGGACUUGGAUGAGUUCCUGGUGGAGAAUGGCAUCCCAACCGACCCAAUAUCUGACAGCCUGGAAAACGAACCUGAUCAAUCCUCCGUAACUUCGCUGGAUCUCAAAAGCAACCUUAUUACCGCUUCACCUACUUCAUCAGUUGUUGAAGAUAAUAUUGGUUUCUCUGACAAUGAUUCUUUAUCCAGUGUCCAACCAUCCAUGGACUCACCUGGUGAAAUAAAAGAUGAAUCAGAAAAUCAUUUUUUUCCAGAAAAUGAUGAGGAGGAUGAUGAUGAUGAUGAUGAUGAUGAUGAUGAUCUGGACAUGAUGAACAAUAACCAAAGUUUUUCUUUUUCUUUUAAUUUUUCAAUUUAUCAUUGUAUGGUGUUUUUUUUUCUCUCUCUCCUCCUUUUCCUCUCCUCAUCCUUCUCUCCCUCUCUUCUCCACCCUUUUCUCUCCUCUCCUCUCUCCUCUCUUUUCUCUCCUCCCCUCCGAUCUUUUCUCUCCUCUCUCUCUCUCUCCUCUCCUCUCCUCUCUCUCUCUCCUCUUUUCUCUCCCCCUCUCUCCUCCUCUUUUUCUCCCCUCUCUCCUCUCUUUUCUCCCCUCUCUCCUCUCUUUUCUCCCCUCUCUCCUCUCUUUUCUCCCCUCUCUCCUCUCUUUUCUCCCCUCUCUCCUCUCCCCUCCCUCUUUCCUUUCCUCUCUCCCCUCUUUCUCUUCUCUCUCCUCUCUUUUCUCUUCUCUUCUCUCUCCUCUCUUUUCUCUUCUCUUCUCUCUCCUCUCUUUUCUCUUCUCUUCUCUCUCCUUUUUCUCUUCUCUCUCCUCUCUUUUCUCUUCUCUUCUCUCUUUUCUCUUCUCUUCUCUCUCCUCUUUUUCUAUCUCUUUUCUUCCACUUUUUGUUGUUAUUCUCUCUAUCUCUUCUCUCUUUCUUUUUUCCCUUUUUUCUUUCCCUUUUUUUCUCUCUCUCCUCUCUCUCUCUCUCUCCUCUCUCUCCUCUCUCUCUCUCCUCUCUCUCUCUCCUCUCUCUCUCUCUCCUCUCUCUCUGUAUUUCUCCUCUCUCUCUGUAUUUCUCUCUCUCUCUCCUCUCUCUCUGUAUUUCUCUCUCUCUCUCUCCUCUCUCUCUGUAUUUCUCUUCUCUCUCUCUGUAUUUCUCUCCUCUCUCUCUGUAUUUCUCUCUCUUUCUUUUUUCUCCUCUCUCUCUGUAGUUCUCUCUCUUCUCUCUCUCUGUAUUUCUCUCUCUUUCUCUUCUCUCUCUCUGUAUUUCUCUCUCUUUCUCUUCUCUUUCUCUUCUCUCUCUCUUCUCUCUCUCUUUCUCUUCUCUCUCUUCUCUCUUCUCUCUCUUUCUCUUCUCUCUCUUUCUCUUCUCUCUCUUUCUCUUCUCUCUCUCUCUUUUUCUCUCUCUCUCCUUUUCUCUCUCUCUCUUUUUCUCUCUCUCUUUCCCUUUUCUCUCUCUCUCUCUUUCCCUUUUUUCUUUCCCUUUUUUCUCUCUCUCCUUUUCUCUCUUUCUCUUUCUCUCUCUCCUUUUCUCUCUUUCUCUUUCUCUCUCUCCUUUUCUCUCUUUCUCUUUCUCUCUCUCUUUUUCUCUCUUUCUCUUUCUUUCUCUCUUUUUCUUUUUUCCUUUCAGGGGAGAAAGGAUUCAACCCCGCCAAACGCAGAUUCACAUCUGAUGAACUCAAGCCACAGCCUUUGGUUAAAAAAUCACGCAAGGUGUUUGUCCCUGAUGAACACAAGGAUGAAAAAUAUUGGGCCAGGCGUAAGAAGAACAACGUAGCUGCCAAACGUUCUCGAGAUGCCCGUCGUGUGAAGGAGAACCAGAUUGCAUUGCGUGCCAAUUUCCUUGAGAAUGAGAACCAACUCUUGAAAGCCAAACUGGAAAAGCCACUGAUGGGCGUGGCAGUCUCCACUAUCUUGUCAGCACUUGGGAUUUCUGUCUUUUCUAAAUGCUUUUGCUUUCUUUUUUUCCUUUUUCUUUCUUUCCUUUUCUUUUUUCUUUUCUUUUUUUCCUUUUUCUUUCUUUUCUUUUUUUCCUUUUUCUUUCUUUUCUUUUUUUCCUUUUUCUUUCUUUCCUUUUUCUUUCUUUCCUUUUUCUUUCUUUCUUUCUUUCCUUUUCUUUUUUCUUUUUCUGUUUUUCCUUUUCCUUUUUCUUCCUUUUUUUCCUUCCUUCCUUCCUUCCUUCCUUUCCUUUUCUCUUUCUUUCUUUCUCCAGAGAUAUCACUUCCCCCCACUUCUCAUUCAAUGUCUCUUUAA